GAUUCGCGACCGCUGCAGAGCAGCGUCCGUCCUCGCUGCACGCGGCGCCCUGUGCCACCGGCGUUUCGCCGUGCAUAGUUACAGUAAGCUCUCGGGCCAGCUUGCCAGCCUCUGCUGCAGAUCGCCGGGGCGGGCCGCUUACAGCUGCAGCCGUGGUCGUGGCGGCUGUCGCGGCGCUCUUGCGGCGUGUGCCAGCGCGCACGACCACUUUGCGCGCUGCGGCUCUGUGUGGCGCAGCCCGGCUAGCUCGCUCGAGGGACAAGUUGCGGGUGGCGGUGGCGGCCGCGGCUGCCACGACGGUCUUGCGCGGCACUGGCGUCAGCAG